GCGAUGUAAUCGGUAUGUCUGCUGUAACUCAUCACCAGCGAGGGAGACUAAAUAAACAAGCAUGUCUACUUUUCAAGAUGUAGCAGGCGAAGUUUAGACGCGAUAUAUGUUUGUGUUUGUUGAUGAGAUUUAAAGACCACAUCAGCUAUUAGGUAUAACAUAACGUUUGAGAAAUAAAAUGGCGUCCAAUAUCAAAGACAAAGAAGCUUUUCAGCGACUGAACUUCCUCUAUCAGGCUGCACAUUGUGUAUUGGCCCAAAACCCGGAGAACAUUGAACUGGCCCGAUUUUACUGCUUCACCCAGAAGACCAUAGCCAAGCGCCUGGUUCUGAGACAAGAUCCCUCGGUGAAAAGGACCAUGUGUAGGAAAUGUUGCGCUUUACUGAUACCCGGAGUUACAGCAGCUGUUAGACAGAAAAAAGGUUCUCAGAAGCAGCGUGCAACACUAAUACGAUGUCUCAGCUGUGGGCAAACCAAAAAGUUUCCAAACAACCCAAAACAUCAGUUGUGGGUGGACCAACCAGAGGCUCAGUUAGAGAAUCAGCUUCAGCCAGAAGCCAGUCAAUCAUCCAAAGAUCUGACCCAGAAAGAUAACCCUGGUAAACCCAGUACAGAGGCUCCUGUGAUGAAGGAUGCAGCCUCUUAAGUUCAACCUCUGAGCUCCUUUAUUCUAUGACUACAGGCAGCAGCACUGGAGGUUUGCUGCUGUGACUUUUACGUUAGGUGAAGAAUACGGCAAGAACAGAAACAUUACAAACUUAUGCUUAGUUAAAUACAAAUUUUAAACAGCAGCAAAUGCUCGAGUUGGAAGAUUCAUGUGAUUCAUACUAGUUGCAGUGUGUUGUGUAUCUUGCAAUUCUGUUAACUUCAUGGUAUACUGUAGGCUUUGUUAAACAAGCCACCAAUACUUAAUUUAUUCAUUUAGGAUUUAUGCUUUUGCUUUAGCCUGUACAUGUACAUCGUAUGAAGCAUGAUGUCAUUGUGUAAAGUUAGACAUUAAAAUGUAAAUUGUUCCAUUUAAAUUUAAA